GGAGAGCCGCCCGUUUCCCCGCCCCCCGUAGGGUCUUUCGGGCUGUAGCUUCUCAGGUUGGAGAAAGAGAGGUGGCGCAGGCCAUGUGGUCCACCCUGCGCUACCUGGGCGGCGCCUGCGGGCCGGCCCGGUGCCGCUUGGCUGGGGACAUCCUCCGGGCAAGCGGGCCGACGUCCCGGGGGCCUAGGCUGCUGUGCGGCGGUAGUCGCAGCUCCAGCACCAGCUCAUUUGACCUUGUCAUUGUCGGCGGCGGAAUUGUGGGCCUUGCCUCUGCCAGAACCCUCAUCCUGAAACAUCCCGGACUUUCAAUUGGUGUGGUGGAAAAGGAGAAGGAUUUAGCUCUUCACCAGACUGGACGGAACAGUGGUGUCAUACAUAGUGGGAUUUAUUAUAAACCCGAAUCUCUGAAAGCAAGAUUGUGCGUAGAAGGAUCAGCCCUCAUCUAUGAGUACUGUAACCUCAAGGGAAUUCCUUACAAGCAAUGUGGCAAGCUUAUAGUGGCUGUUGAACAAGAAGAAAUUCCCAGACUUCAGGCCCUGUAUGAGAGAGGCCUGCAGAAUGGAGUCCAAGGCUUGAGACUGAUCCAGCAGGAGGAUAUAAAAAAGAAGGAACCAUAUUGCAGGGGUCUAAUGGCUAUUGAUUGCCCAUAUACUGGCAUUGUGAACUACCAGCAGGUAGCUUUGUCAUUUGCCCAGGAUUUCCAAGAGGCAGGUGGCUCUAUCUUGAAAGAUUUUGAGGUAAAAGAUAUUGAAAUAGUUAAAGAAAGUCCUUCAAGAAGUAAGGAUGGGAUGAAAUAUCCAGUUGCUGUCACGAACACUAAGGGAGAGGAAAUUCAGUGUCGCUAUGUUGUGACAUGUGCUGGACUUUACUCAGACCGUAUUUCAGAGUUAAGCGGCUGUGACCCUGACCCGCAGAUUGUCCCAUUCCGGGGAGAUUACCUGCUCUUAAAGCCUGAGAAGAGCUACCUUGUGAAAGGAAAUAUUUAUCCGGUCCCAGACAGCCGUGUGCCCUUCCUAGGAGUUCACUUUACACCAAGGUUGGAUGGCAGUAUUUGGCUAGGGCCUAAUGCAGUACUUGCCUUUAAGCGAGAAGGCUACAGACCCUUCGACUUCAGUGCCAGAGACACUAUGGAAACAAUCCUCAAGAGUGGUUUCAUUAAACUGGUAUUCCAGAAUUUCUCUUAUGGAGCUAAUGAAAUGUACAAAGCCUGUUUCCUCAGUGAAACAGUGAAGCAUCUUCAAAAGUUCAUUCCUGAAAUUACCGUCAGUGAUGUACUUCGAGGCCCUGCUGGAGUAAGAGCCCAGGCCCUGGACAGAGAUGGAAAUCUGGUAGAUGAUUUCGUGUUUGAUGGAGGAUCUGGGGAAAUUGGAGAUCAUGUUCUUCAUGUGAGAAAUGCGCCUUCUCCAGCGGCCACUUCUUCCCUGGCAAUUUCUAGACUGAUCGCAGACGAAGUGCAGCAAAGAUUUAAGUUGUGAACAAGGAUGGGAGCUGUGUUUGUCUUGUUUUCCCAACAUCAGCCACAAGGGUCCACCAGCUGCGUUUCGAAAUUAUGAUGUAAGAAGAUGGUAGCCCAGGGCAGUUCAGAGUCCAAUUGGGUUACAUAGUAAUGUGAAGAGGGACUGCCUCUGACAUAAUCUGAUUGGCCUGCUCUUUGAUCACCUCCCUCUGGGGUGGGGGGGAGCAGCCUUACCAGGCCACAGUAGAGGACAAUACAGCCACUUUUGAUGUGAACUGACAGACUAAGAUCAGAAAGGAGAGGAGAACCUCCCCUAUUAGUGGACUUGGGGAGUGGCAUGCAAGCAGAGGGAGGAGGGAGGGUGGGAUUGGGAUGGGAGGAGGGAGGGGCUUAUGGGGGGAUGCAGAAUGAAUAAAGUGUAAUUGAUGAAAAAUUUAAGAAAACAAAAAAAAAACCAUACUAUCUAGGUUAAAAUCAAUGACUUAUUAACAGGAUAUAACAGAAUAAGAAUUUUUUAAAACUCAGGUCCAUAUUGUGAACAAAGAAGCAAAGUGUGUCUGCUCCUGGUCUGGAACCUUGAAUCUAUAAGAGAUUUACCCCAACUUACCGUGAUUUAGGAAGAUCCCGCAGAUCGUUUGGGAAGACAGCAUAAAAAAAUGGACUGUUCCCUAAAUCAGUGCUUGGCUUUAUAAUAUUUUCUGGAAAAAAUACGUCACAGUAUAUUGUAGGAUAUGGCAUUCUUUUAAUCUGAAGUCAAGAAAGCUUACAUUAUUUAAUGGUUUAUAUUUAGAAAUUGGAAGAGCUUGAUUUCAAGAAAAUAAAUGGAAUUUCUAAAUAGCUUAAAACAAAGCCAGUCUUUUACGCUCCUUGUAAGCCUCUGUCACACAGUGCGACAUCAUCUCUGCAUCUGAUUAGCAGUGUACCUGUGCGUUUCUCGCCUACACUACAGUUUUCUCUGGCUGAGAAAUGAAAGUCCCUAAGAGGACCAUGUUUUUAUAAGAGCAGUUUAAAUCCUGACACUGGGUGUGGCACUGUGUAAUUUUAAAUAAUUAUUUCACACCUCAGUCUCUUGGUCACUCUUAGGUUCCCAAGGUGUCGGCCAGAAUUGCUAUAUCCUUGGGUUUUCAGAAUUUCUAUAAACUUUGUGAGGACAUUUCUCCAUUCUUGGUUCAUAUCUAACUUGGAGGCAUUCACUUUUGUAAACCGCGAAAGUGCCUUACAUUCUUCGUAUGUACUUCGCACACAUGUUGAGUCGGUGCCAAGUGCCAUUCCGUGUACCGUGUACUGUGUGUUUGUGUGUGUAGUGCUCUGCUGUUACUGUUUGUGUUUGUAUGCGUAGUGCCAUGCUGUAUACUAUAUAUAUUUACGUGUGUGUGUGUUUCAGCUAAUGAAAUGUGUCUUACAGUGCAGAAAGUUGGAAAAUAGAAAUGUACAUGAAAAACUGGCAACCCAGCCAUGGAAACAGAGCCAGCACUUAGGUGAGACGCUUCCUCCGUUCUCUCACAUGUGUUCUCUCAGGAUUAAUCUUCCUUUUCUUCACCAACACUGUGAUGGAUGCAUGAGAAGGAUGUGCAUGUUGAUAGGAAAACCUUUUCUUGGAUUUUUUUUUUCCCUUCACUUCAGCCCUUGGUGGUUACAUUUAUUAAGCGAUCUCAUCCGUUAAUUUGGAAGAGUACAUAUCAUGAGCUUCGUUCGGUUCAAGGGAUAGCACAUCCCCGGUAAAUAGGUUAGGCAGUUAUUCAACGCUUUGGAUGGGGGAUGGACAUGCUGAGACACUGAGAAAUUGUCUGCAGAGGAAACAGACCCCGAUGGUUCUCCAGAACAAUUGAUGCCUACAAGAAAGGCACACAUGGAGUACCUCUCUGUUCCAAGACUUCUAAGCAACACAAACAUUACAUUAAGAUUAUUCUACCUUGUGAAUAAGAUGAGAAUGUGGCGAGAAACAGAAGUUCUCUGUUUCCUAAACUGUGAGAUCUUGUGUACAUGCACUAAGCUGUGAAAGAAUAAAGGUACAAAGAUAACUGUCAAGAUUGAAGCCAUCCUAUUCCAGUCGGAUCUAUAUUGUAUGCCCGCAAAUAAUAGGGAAAAUUUUGUUGAAAUGUGUCAGUUGUUCUGGUUGUAAAAUAUUUGAUAUUUAUGUCAAUAGGAUUUUUGUUAAAUAGUGAUACAUAAGAAUCCUGUGUCUUUCUGAGAAAAGAAAAAUGUAUAUUAAAAUAUUUUAAUGAUUUUUAA